UCGGCCCAACUCUUUCAGUUGCCAAGGUCCAUUUUGCGUAAAAUUCACGAAGUCGCUUUCAUUUUCGACGUCUUCCGAUUGCUCGCCAGGUGCAUUCAGGUGCUGGUAGAGUCGGCAGCGGCAGCGGGGGCAGUGGGAGCGGCGGCGAAGAAGCAGAAGAAGAAGAGGAAGAGCAGCAGAGAAGCGUCUUUGGCUUUGGGUGAUGGAGUUUUUACCUUUUUAAUAUUCUAAUAGUAAAUGGAAGGAAAAUUGAAUAACUUUCAAGUGGGGGAUUUACCAACUGUGAUAUACAAGCCUGACUUUAUCACAGAGAGUGAAGAAAUGCAUCUUUUAGAUAGGGUGGUAUAUGGCGCUCCUGUAUCAAAGUGGAAAUCUUUGAAGAAUAGGAGGCUUCAGAAUUGGGUAUUUCCCCUUCCUACUGGGCUGUUGUCAUUGGCAGGUGGUGUUGUCCAUGAGAAGGGUCUUCUACCACAGGACUUGCCUCCUUGGCUAACAAAGAUUACGCAAAGAAUAUAUGAAGAAUCAGGGUUGUUCCCCUCAGCAAUCAAUCAUGUUCUCAUCAAUGAGUACCUUCCUGACCAGGGAAUAAUGCCACACCAGGAUGGGCCUGCUUAUUUUCCUGUAGUUGCUAUUCUCUCUCUUGGAUCGCCUACUGUCAUGGACUUUAUUCCGCAUUCAAGGUUAAGAACAUGCACAGAUUCAGGGGACAAUGAUGUUAAAAGUGAAGGAUCUGGUGAAGAACCUUUAGAGAUUGAGACAGAUAAAAAGAUGGAUAAUCACCAUCCCUUUUCUGUCUUGCUGAUGCCUCGUAGUCUACUGAUAUUCAAGGAUAAUGCCUAUUCAGUUUUGUUGUUUCCAGACUACCUGCAUGGUAUAAAAGAUAGCGAGGUGCAUCAAUAUGAUGGGGCCAUAAAUGAUGCAGAACCUCUGGUAAGUCAUAAAUUUGACCAGCCAUUGUUAGAACCUGGGAAGGCUGUUCAAAUAGUGGGAAGUAGAGAUCAUAAGGUUAUUCAUCGGACGGCAAACAGGGUUUCAUUGACAUGUCGAUUGGUGUUGAAGGUUCACAAAAAUUUGUUCAAGUUUUAGCAUUUCCUCUUUUGCAUGUAUAACUAGAAUUCCAAAUUGCACGUGUUAUAAUUGUGCUGCAGUUUCUAGCCAUAGUUGAUAGACAAUUGCUUUAAGCUGACUGGCACUGGCUUUAAGGACAUAAGAUAUGUCUUGUACAACUUGUGCAUAUGAAAGAGAGAGGUCCAUAACUUUGCACCAUGUUUGGUGAAUGAGUCAAUUACAAUAAAUAUUCAAUUAUUGCACAA